UUAUACUUUGAAAAUGAAAUGGCAAAGUAGUAAUGAUGAUAAUGACUGGUUCUCUUCGGAAACAGGAUUUAAUCGGGCAAUCGAUCGAUUUGGGGAUGAGAAAUUUAAAUACUUCAUUGCGACUCUUUUUGAACCAGUAGGCGCGCGUAAUGCCUUUCCAUGUUGGGAUGAACCUGGUUUUAAAGCUCAAUUUGAAAUUUCUAUCAAGCAUUUUCCAAACUAUACUGCAUUAUCAAAUAUGCCAGAAAAAAGUCAUCAACAAUUGUCUGAUGGCAGAAUCAUAUCUUACUUUGAAAGAUCUGUAAAAAUGUCACCGUAUCUUUUAUGCCUGGCUGUCGCUGAUUACAAGUCUAUCAAAAAUGUUCAAGGAAAUAUAUCAUUCUACGGAUUAGAAAAAAAUUUAGAUUCAUUGAAACUUGCAUUAAAAAUCAGUGAAAAUGCUGUUAAAGUAAUAGAAGAUUAUACUGGUAUACCAUACGCGCUGCCAAAAUUAGAUCAGUUUACUUUUCCAGAAUUUCAUACCAUUGCAAUGGAAAAUUGGGGUCUCAUUACAUAUCCAGCACCAUCUGUGAUGUAUCCAAACACAACCUUGAUUCCAAAAUCUGAACAAUAUGACUCAGUAUCAUCUUUAGUGGCUCAUGAGGUGGCUCAUCAAUGGUUCGGCAAUCUUGUUACUCCUGUUUGGUGGGACGAUCUUUGGUUAAGUGAAUCAUUUGCAUCGUAUUUUAUGUACAAAAUAAUUGCUGAGAUAGAAACAGACAGAUCUAUCAUGGAUAAUGUAGUAGUUGAGAACAAUAGGCAUGCGUUUGAUGCUGAAUUAUCGGCUAAUAAACCAACAGCGGUUAAAUGGUUACCUAAAGAUAAAGAAUCCAUCUUCAAAAUGUUUGGCUCAGGAACAUACAUAAAGGGUGUUGCGGUUCUACACAUGCUGGAACAUGUCCUUACUGAAAGCGUCUUUCAAAAGGGAAUUCGUCAAUACUUGAAAAAACACCAGUUUAGUGCCGUAACAAGUGACGAUCUUUGGGAAGUACUUCAAGAAACUUACGAUAACACUUUUACUGACAAGCCAUUCAAUAUUAAAGAGUUUAUGGAUCCUUGGUUAGAGCAAGAUGGAGCUCCAAUUGUAACUGUAACUCGAAACUAUGAAACGGGAGAAACAAAUGUCACUCAAAAAAAUGUUCAAGACGUCGAUUCCAAUAUUAAAUGGAAAAUUCCGAUAAACUAUGCGACUGAAUCAAAUCCAGAUUUUUCCUCUACCCGUCCAACUCUGUGGAUAAAUAGAGAUGAAGAAACGAUUACAUUACCUAAUAUAAGUAAAGACGAUUGGAUCAUUCUUAAUAUUCAACAACGAGAGUACUAUCGAGUUGAUUAUGACCAAGAAAAUUGGAACCGAUUAGCCAAAUAUCUUAUCAAACAUCACGAAAAAAUUCAUGUUGUUAAUCGAGCUCAAUUGCUCAUAGAUGCUCUUAGACUCAUUGAGAAUAGUCCUCCACAUCUAAAUAAUUUAUACAACAUAACCGUCUAUUUAUACCAAGAGAAAGAUUUCUUACCGUGGACGCUAAUUGCUAAAUUCAUAUCACAAACGGCUGAUGUGUUUCGUAAUACGAAUGAAGAACAUCUGUUUAAAAUGUACAUGCUUUUUCUUACAGAAGCUGUAUCUGAAGCAAAACUCUUUGAUGAGGAAUCGCUAUCAGCUGUCCGAAUAAGAAAUGAACUUGCUCCAUUACUUUGUGAAUCCGGACACGCUAAGUGUAGAUCGUAUGCUCGUAAACGUUUCAGUCUAUUCUUAGAAAAUCCUUCUGAGGAUGCAUUUUCAUCACCCAAUGGGCGUUGGAUAAUCCGUUUUGGUCUAAAAGAUUACAAUGACACUAUGGGAGAAAUGUUGUCAUCAAAACAGGGUCCUUUAACAGGUCUUGUUCCUAUGUCACGUUCUCAAUUAAUUGGAUUCACCGAUAAUAAAAAAAAACGUGAUGAAAUCAUGGCUGAAAUAGUUGGGCCCAAUUCAAAUUCCAGUACAGAAUCAAUUACUCAUGUUUUUCAAGGUUUUCUUGACAGAAGUCGCGAUGAUGUCAACUAUAUUUUGCAGGUUUUUUAUGAUCAUUUUGAAGAUAUUGAAAAAAUGUAA